AUGGCAACAUCUUUGCAGUCCAUCACCCAGAUAAUGAUUUACCAGCCUCCGAGUUAUCAGCCUCCGCAGUCUCAAGACCCAGCUUCCAGCCUUCAAGCCUCAAGACCCAGCUCCCAGCCUUCGAGCCCGAAGACCCAGAGCCCAGCCUUCGAGCCCGAAGACCCGGAACCCUGCCUUCGAGCCCGAAGACCCAGAGCCCAGCCUUCGAACCCGAAGACCCAGCGCCCAGCCUUCAAGCCCGAAGACCCAGAGCCCAGCCUUCGAGCCCGAAGACCCAGAGCCCAGCCUUCGAGCCCGAAGACCCAGAACCCUGCCUUCGAGCCCGAAGACCCAGAGCCCAGCCUUCGAACCCGAAGACCCAGCGCCCAGCUUUCGAGCCCGAAGACCCAGAGCCCAGCCUUCGAGCCCGAAGACCCAGAGCCCAGCCUUCGAGCCCGAAGACCCAGAGCCCAGCCUUCGAGCCCGAAGACAGAGCCCAGCCAUAUCCUGUCCUGA